AGCACCCGGAAUCGACAUAUAACUCAGGGUUUUAUUUGCAUAUUUUGUCAGAGUGCGGUCUGGCUCCUCUCAACAACAGGAUAGUUGGAGGAGAAGCAGCUCCUCCAGGCAGCUGGCCCUGGCAAGUCAGUCUGCACACAUUCGCACACAUCUGUGGAGGAUCUCUGAUCAAUGACCAGUGGGUGCUGACUGCUGCUCAUUGCGUCUCAGGGUUUAGCAGCAUUGCUGGUCUAACAGUGUAUCUGGGUCGUCAGAAUCAGAGUGAAUCUAACCCAAAUGAAGUCUCUCGGACAGUAACAAGGAUCAUUAUUCAUCCUGAAUACAACAAACCACUUUAUAACAAUGACAUUGCGCUCCUGAAGAUGUCUGAACCAGUGGCUUUCAGCAAUUACAUCUCACCCGUCUGCCUGGCAGCCUUCAACAGCACCUUUAACAUCGGGGAAGACACCUGGGUUACUGGCUGGGGCAACAUUGGAUAUGAUGACCUGGGUUAUAUAAGUAUUACAGACAACAUGAUAUGUGCUGGGUUUCAAGAAGGAAUUAAGGGACCCUGUUUUGGAGAUUCUGGAGGUCCACUGGUUAGUAAGCAGGGUGAUCGCUGGAUUCAGGCUGGAGUUGUGAGUUUCGGUGUUGGUUGUGCUGAGCCCAAAUUCCCAGCAGUCUAUGCCAGAGUGUCCCAGUAUGAGAGCUGGAUUAACAGUUUGAUCAGCAUCAACCAGCCAGGCUUCAUUACCUUCACAUCUGAAGGGACUGACACUGACCUCAGCAUUUCCUGUACAACCCCAACAACAACACCAACAAAACCUAAACCUGUAGUCUGUGGACAAGCCCCACUGGGUUCUCGUAUUUUGGGAGGUGUUUCAGUGACGUCAGCUGGCAAGUGGCCAUGGAUGGCGAGCUUGCAGAGAAAUGGCCAGCAUGUCUGUGGAGGGACGCUAGUGUCUGAGAACUCUGUGCUGACCAAUGCUGACUGCUUCUCAGACUCGAAUGAGGCGUCUGAGUGGACAGUCAUGUUGGGUCGUCUGAAGCACAACGGAUCAAACGAAUUUGAAGUGUCACUGAAUGUGAUAAAUAUCACUAUGAGCAACCUGACUGGAAGCAACAUCGCAGUGCUAAAGCUGUCAUCCCCACCCCCCCUGAACGACUACAUCCAGCCCAUCUGCUUGGACAAUGGAAGAACUUUCCCAGUAGGGUCAGCUUGUUGGGCUGCUGGCUGGAGCUCUGAAAGAGGAGGAGACGAACAAGCUCUGCAGCAGUUCGAGACAACAGUACUUGAUUGUGGGGAUUCAUCAUCAUCUGACAUCAUCUGCACACAAUCAUUCACCAUGGAGAAGACUGACUCUGGUGGUCCGCUCAUGUGUAAGCAGGAUGGCUCUUGGUUCCAGGUAGUUGUGCUAACAUCUCCAAGCACCUCCAACAGAAGUAAACGAGCCGAGCCUAUGAUGGUCUUUGAAAAACUGGACCGCUUUGAGUCCUUUCUGACUCGUGCACUGGGACAAUUCUUGUCUCCUGCUGUGACUGCCAAUAACAGCAGCACCAAUAGCACAAACUCCACCACAACCCCCUCCAGCAUGACAACCAGUGGGGUUUCAGUUUCCUACUCUUCAUUUUCCCUUUUAGGCCAUCUCCUUCUCUUCGCUUUAUGCCUCCAAACCUUCAAAUAGACUGAUUGUCAAGAUAGCAAACACACAUAAAAAUAUGGUGAAGGUGUUUUUAUUUUAGUCAAUAAUACUCUGAUAUGAUUUAAAGGUUGUUUCUGCCUUUGGUUGAUCAAAAGGAUCAUAGUUAACACCAUGUUACCAUUUACCUGAAAACAACAUAAAUUCUGAACACGAUAUCAACCUUACAGUAAAAAAAUCUUGGAAAUGCAAGGGUUAAUGAACAGAUAACAGAUGAUAAAGAAAAUGGGUUUGUAAUUAUAUCUAUAAUAAGUAUCAAAGUUAGAUUUUUCUGUUUCUGAUUAUUGUUACUGAUUAGAGACAUUGUUCAUUUUUUCAUCUUUUGAACAAAUGAUUCAUUGAUUUACAUUAGAAUAUCAAGCAAACUGCCAGGUAGAGUGUUUAGAUAUAAUAUUAUGUUAUAAUGUUACGAUAUUUUAAUGUAAAUAUAAUGUUACUAUUUACUGAUGGAUUAUGAUUGCUUAAUUUCUUUCACCCAAUUGAAAAUUACUUUGA